CCGGGCGGGCCCUCGACCCAUACCUUUAUGGGUCAGCCCGGCUGGAAUAUAGUCAAAUUUUUUCAUCCUAUAGGAAUUCAUUGUAUAACUUAUGAUAAUUGGUUAGAUGAAAUUCAGUGA